ACUCGCGUCUCAGUAAUAAAUUUUAUUCCUUGUAUAAAAUUAAACACCUUUUCUAGCCCGACGGAAUUCUACCUUUUUCCGCUUUUUGCUAUUGUUUAUUUUAGCAGUUGGAAAGUGAGAUCACUUUGAAGAAUAAAGUUGGAUCUCUAGAUUUUGUUACCAUGUCAGCGUCAAACCCCUCGCUCGUUGAAGAGUCAAACCUUAGAGUUUUGAGCAUACAGUCUCAUACGGUCUCCGGUUACUGUGGAAACAAAGCGGCAGUCUUUCCGUUACAGUUACUAGGCUUCGAUGUUGAUAUUCUAAACACAGUUCAGUUUUCAAACCACACAGGGUAUCCUUCAUUCGCUGGUGGUCGUCUAACCGCAGAAGAGGUCCAAACUUUGUUCGAUGGCUUGGAAAAGAAUGAGUUGACUGAAGAUUAUACACAUUUGCUGACAGGGUAUAUUGGUAAUUAUUCUAUAUUGGAAAAGAUAGAAAUGAUGGUCAAAAAGUUGAAAGAACAAAACCCUGAUCUAAUCUUUGUCUGCGAUACAGUUAUGGGAGAUAAUGGUGCUUUAUACGUUGCCGCUGAAAUCGUACCGCUGUACAGAAAUAUCAUGCGAUAUGCCUAUGUUGUAACACCAAAUCAGUUUGAAGCCGAAACUCUGUCUGAAAUGAAGAUUUCUUCAUUGGAAGACACGCGACAAGUAGCCAAAAAACUACAUGGAUUAGGGACUCCCAAUAUAGUGAUUACAUCAUUAAAAUUACCACUAAAGCAUGUGCCUCAAGAAAUCCAGUUCGAAAAUGAAAGCACAGACGAAUCACUUUAUUGCUUCACUAGCCAAGAGUUACCCAAUGGUGAACUAGUUCAGCAUUUAAUUUCCUUCCCUACUUAUCAAGGUUACUUCACUGGUACUGGGGACCUAUUUUCCUCACUCAUUGUACCUCGACUACAAGAGUCUAUGCGGAAUAAGACACGUCAUUUCCUAAUCGAAGCCGUGUAUCGCGUGGUUUGUAGUGUCAACGCUAUUACAAAAAAGACGUGGUUGUAUCAACAGGAGUAUAUGCAACAGCGUUACGGAAAUGAAGCUUCAGAAAUAAAGCCUAACGAAGCAAAAGCAGUCAGGAGUUGCGAGCUGCGACUAAUACAAAGUAGAAAAGAGAUUGAGCAAUCAGAUUUAUUUAGAGAGGUUGUAAAAUCCGUCCAAGUCUAAAUGAUCAUGUCAUCACCACUGUUGAUGUUUUUUUAUCUUUAGGAAUAAACAAAAAAAAAA